AUGAACCCGCACGACCUCGACCCCCACUCGCUCCUCCCACGUUCCCCUCUCUCCCUCGCUCCUUUUUCCCCCGACCCGAUCUGGAUCGGGGCAGCCGGCGCCCCCGUCCCCCGACGCGCUCGCUGUCCCCGUCGCCAACGCCGCCACUCGACGCCCACCCCCAGCGCCGCCCCGCCUUCCUCCACUCCUUCCCCUCUGUGCUGGAUCCGGGCGAUCCCCAUCGCCCCUGAACCCGGCUCCGCCGACCCCGCCUCUCCCGCGCUGGCGCUGACCAGCGCCUCCCAUCGCCGCCCGACGGCGACGGCCUUCCCCGACGCGCCCGACCCACUGGCCAUGGAGGCCCCGUGCGCGCCGCGCCUCACGCCUGCAGCCUCACCUCAAGCAGGACCGCCCCGCCGCUCGACGCCUGGAACCGAACCACCCUGCCGCCCCGGUCGCUGGAUCCUCGCCGCCCGGAGCUCGACGCGCCUCCGCCUUCGACGGACUGCCUCCUCUUCGUCACCGUCGCCCCCGACGUCACUUUUUGCCCCGCCGUGGCGUCGCCGCUGCCAGGCCGGCGCCGCGCCAGCGUUUUCCCCCUCGCCGUGA